UUGUAUUAAGUUUGGGUGCCGUGCAGGUAACACUCAAUAAACCCUAAAUCCAUCCUCUGAUUCCUUUAUGUAUAUAUACUCUUUCCUUAUUUCUUUUUUUUGAUCCUCUUCCUUAUUCCUCACAAUCAAAAACCCAAUUUUGUUUUCCUGAUCAUUCGCGAACCCUAAUCUUUCUCUCCGAUCAUCAUUCAUCGAUAUUUUUCUUCUUUUAGAUACUAAUCGAAUCAGUCAUGGCUAAGAACUCGUUCAAGCUUUCUAAUCCUCUGGAGAUGAGAAUGGCUGAAUCUACUCGUAUCAGAGCGAAAUACGCAGACAGAGUUCCGGUGAUUGUGGAGAAAGCUGGACAGAGUGAUGUUCCUGACAUUGACAAGAAGAAGUAUCUUGUACCAGCUGAUCUAACCGUUGGCCAGUUUGUAUACGUUGUGAGGAAAAGAAUCAAGCUUGGAGCUGAAAAAGCAAUCUUUGUCUUUGUCAAGGACACAUUACCCCCAACUGCUGCAUUGAUGUCUGCAAUCUAUGAAGAGCACAAAGACGAAGAUGGGUUUCUCUACAUGACAUACAGUGGAGAGAACACGUUUGGAUCUGCUUGUUGAUUGAUCGAUCAUCUUGAUGAUGAUUUGUACAUUCGUUUACCCUCCUUUAGCUUUUGCUCUGGUUCCUCGACCUUAAUAAUGUGUUUUACUUUCUGGGUUUUUAUCUUAAGAGUUCUCUCUCUCUCUGUUCUGCUAUUGAAUGAUUUGAAACCAGAUUCUUUUUUUUAGUUGGACUUGACAUUGACUCA